CCAGGAAGAGGGGCAGUGGGGGGUGCCCGUGUGAGUCCUGCAGGACCGGCCCAGGCCGCUGCUCUGGAAGGGUGGCCGCGAGGCAGCUGCAUAAUCGCCAGUUAGGAGCCGCGGCGGCGUGUACGUGAAGGCGCGCCUGGAGAGUUCUGCUUAAUCUUGCCCCGAGCCUCACCUUCUUUCUCUGUUUUCUCUACGUUUAUGUCAUUACUCGUCUUUUCUUAGCUCCCCUGGCGGGCAGAGGGGGAGGUUCGGCUGCUGCUGGCGGGCCUCUCCCCUGCGUUUUCUGUCCUUUAGUCCCUCUGCUCCCGAGAAGCUGUGACGUCCUCGUUCGGUCCUCGUGUCGGAGACGUAGCUUGUUUGAGCUUAGGUUUCCAUUUCGGGCUGACAUCUGGAGCGCCAGCUGCAGGGCGCCGUGGGGGUGCACUCGCAUCCCCUCUGGGGACAAGGGAGGGCAGGGACCGUAAGUGCAGGUAAGGCAGAUAAACGUGAUGUCUGCAAAAGGCUGUGGCGCAGGUGGGGUCUCACAGAGCCGGAAGUGCAGGGACUUGCCUUGUGGACAGCGAGUAGAAAGGAAGCUAAGGAAGUGUAGGAGGAGGGCGGGAGGAAGCUGCAUAAACCCGCCCCCGAGAGUGGGCGAGACGCUGGGUGGCCAGGACCCCGGAUGCGGCCGGCGUGCGUGCGUGCGCGCGCACGCGGUAAUGUUUCUCGGGCUGGCGCAGCGUUGAACCAGUUUCCAACUCGCGGGUGUGACCGACCUGGUGAAUCGGAUCGGGGUGUGAACUGACGAGCGUGUGAACUUUCAUGGGACCUGAGCCGGACCUCAGACCUCCCCAGCCGCGUGCUGGGGCCGCCCCCGUGGGGUCGGAUGGCGCGUGCGUGUUUGCCGAGAGGUGCCGCACCCCGUCUUCGGGACUGUUGUGCAAGCAGGAGCAGUGCGGUGGGUCCAGCCCGGCAGGGCCCCGGGCUGCGGUGUGGAGGCUCCCGGCGCAGGGGGCCCGCGUCGUGUGUGUGCUCGAGGUUUCGCCCAGAGCACGUUGGGUGUUUUCUGAAGCUGACCGUCUUCUUCCUCGACAUGUGCGGUGGAGCUGCUGGGUGGAGGAGCAGGUCUUCCGACAUUUUAUUAGGAUGAUCUUCAAGCACAGCAAAUUUGAGAGGAUUUCGUGCUAGACAGCUAGGACCGUGGUGAGGAGGUGCACGGCCCUGACCUUCACAGCCUCCGAGGAGAAACUUCUGGUGGCCGACAAGUCUGGAGACGUUUAUUCCUUUUCGGUGUUGGAGCCACAGGGAUGCGGCAAGCUUGAACUUGGGCACCUGUCGAUGUUGUUGGAUGUGGCCGUGAGUCCCGAUGACUGCUACGUCCUCACCGCCGACCGGGACGAGAAAAUCCGGGUGAGCUGGGCCGCGGCACCGCACAGCAUCGAGUCCUUCUGCCUCGGGCACACGGAGUUUGUGAGCCGCAUCUUCGUGGUGCCCGACCACCCCGAGCUACUUUUGUCCGCGUCCGGGGACCGUACCCUGAGGCUCUGGGAGUACAGAAGUGGCCGAGAGCUGCACUGCUGUCACCUGACCAGCCUGCAGGAGCCGGCGGAGCCCUGGGGUGACGAGAGGUUUGCCGCCUCCAGGAUCACUUACCGGAGCCAGGACGGCUGCGUGGCGCUGCUGUGUGACUGUAUUCCCGCGGUCUACGUUUUCCAGCUCGAUGCCGCCAGACAGCAGCUGGUUUACAGACAGCGGCUGACGUUUCGGCACAGAGUGUGGGACAUCGCUUUCGAGGAGGGCCGGGGACUGUGGGUCCUGCAGGACCACCGGGAAGCCCCCCUCGUGCUCUGCAGGCCUGUGGGCGGCCAGUGGCAGGCUGCUCCUGAAGACGCCGCGGUAGAGAAAGUCUCCGCCCAUCUCCGGGGGAACUGGGCCAUGCUGGAAGGCGUGGCUGGCGUGGACGUCGGUUUCAGUGGUCUCUACAAGGCCACCUUUGACAACGUGACUGCCUACCUGAGGAAGAAGGAGGAGAGGCUGCAGAAGCGGCGGCAGAACCCGGCUGCUGGGCCUAACGGGCAGGCCAAGAAGAUGAAGCCAGGGGAGGCGUCCCUGAGGUGCCCGUCCUAGCCGCCCCCGCACUCUCGUGGCCUCGAGCCAAAGCCGGCUGUGCUGUCCCCUCUGCCCGCGGCUCCCCGUAAGAAAUGGGGACAGCGUUCCCGACCCACGCUUGGUGGCAGUUGGGUCCGCACCAGCUCCGCACGCGCGUGGGCCGUGGGCCGUCCCAGAGAACUGGUCGGUAUCCUGGCUCUAGAACUUUCCUCCGCCGAACAGGCUCUUCUGCCUGGCGUCUUGGGCACCCUUCUGGUUGAAGGGAAACCGGACGGCCUGGUACUCAGCCAGAGGUGCAACGAGUGGUGCCGGUGCCUUGAAGCGCCUUUUCUUCGUAUCGGAGGAGACCGGAACCUGUGGUGGGCGUGGCGGCCGUGGAGCUUCCACUGUUCCCGUGGCGCUGGACGCUUCUCCUCCAGGGGAGUCCGUGAGCUCUACGGCAGCGUGGGCGGCACGUUUCGUCCCUGUGUCUCCCUCUAGAAGGUGGGGCGUGCUGUCCGGCGUGGGGGCUGCCGCCGGGCGGGGCCCGAAACCCAAGCGGGGUGGCUCCGUUCCUCCGGUGGCCGCCACCGCCGUCUGCUCGGUCCCCGCCGCCGUGACGUGAGCUGGUCGGGGCACGGGGCGCAGACUGGACUUCUUCAGGGCGUGAGGACCCGGGAGCCCCGACCGGAACCCAGCUCUCCAGGGAAACGGUGGAGGGUGUUACGUAUAUCUGUGAUUUCCGCGUCAACGCUGCACGGGAUGCAAAGACACGGGGCAUCCACUGGAUUCUAAUCACCGAUGAGUAGAGAUGAGCUUUUUGUAGCUUCUGGAAAUGUUUAGGAGCAACAUUUGGAACUAAUUUCAAAAUAUAUUGAGCAAAACCGUC